UCUAAUCAAAAAUGAUAAAAAGUAGUAGAACUAAACGAAGGAGAUUACAAGAAGAGAUUGCAUCAAAUGAUUUGUUUAAUAAAGAUCAUUAUUAUAUCGAAAAUGCGAUUUCUCUACCUUCAACAUCAACUAAUUUCAAAUUAACUGAGAACUCGAAAACUGAAAUUAAUUCAAAUUUGUAUAUUAUUCAAUCUCCUCAUGUAUUAGAAACUAAUGUUGACAAUAAUCAUUUUGAGCCAAUCGAAAAUAACACUCCAAUUAUUGCGCACAAUAACAAUUCUAAUAAUAAUAAUGAAUCCAUGGAAAUAUUACUUGCAAAAUGGGCAUUAACAUUUAAUAUUUGCCAAAAUAGUUUAAAUGGCUUACUUAAAAUUCUUCGAGCUUGUCCUUUUAAUUUAUCGACAUUACCAAAAGAUGCCAGAACAAUAAUGCGAACAAAAAAUGUUAAUAAUUUAUUGGAGGUUGUCCCGAUUAACCCUGGCGAAUAUUAUCAUUUUGGUUUAGCAGUAGGCUUACAAACAGUUUUAAAAAAUGUAUGUUUAAAGGAAAUAAACAUAGUUGAAAUUGUUAUUGGAAUUGAUGGUCUACCUUUAUCUAAGAGUAGUAAAAGCCAAUUUUGGCCAAUACUCGGUUAUGCAAGACCUUAUAGUAAUGCAAUAUUUCUUAUUGGUUUAUAUUGGAGAAAUGCAAAACCGAAAGAUAGUAAUCAAUAUUUACAACAAUUUGUGGACGAAACAAAAAUAUUGUUAGAAAAUGCCAAAUCUUUUAUUCUUCAAAUAAAAGGACAUUCGGGUUUUAGCUCUUGCACUCGGUGUACAAAAGAAGGAGAGUACAUAGAAAAUCGUAUGUGUUUCCCUUAUGUUACUGGAGAAUCACUUCCUGCCCGCACCCAUAACGAUUAUAUAACAAAAAAAGAUCAUGACCACCAUAUUGGUACAUCUAUAUCUAUAUUAAAAAAUUUACCUAAUUUUGAUAUAGUAAAAUCGUUUUCAUUAGAUUACAUGCAUCUUAUUUGUUUGGGUGUAGUCAGGAAAUUAAUUCAUUUGUGGAUUGGUAAAGGACCUCUAAAUGUUAGACUUCGCAGCUCACAAAUUAAAGAAAUAUCCACUAUAUUAUUAAAACUUAGACCUUUUAUAACGAACGAUUUUUCACGUAAGCCUAGAGGACUUGAUGAAAUUCAUUACUGGAAAGCUACAGAACUUCGGCAAUUUUUGUUAUAUACCGGUCCAUUGGUCCUCAAAAAUAUUUUAAACAAAAAUUGUUACAAACAUUUUAUGGUAUUAAAUAUAGCUACUACAAUAUUAUUAAGUCCUCAUAUGCAAAAAUAUGUAGAUUUUGCAUCUGAAUUAUUAAAAUAUUUUGUUGAAACUUUUGGCCAAAUUUAUGGAGUUCAUAUGAUUUCACAUAAUGUACAUGGUCUUCUACAUAUAGUGGAUGAUUAUAAUAGCUAUGGACCAUUAGACAACAUAAGCUGUUUUCCUUUCGAAGACUACAUGAAAACCUUAAAAAAAAAAAUUAGAAAACAAGAAAAACCCUUGCAACAAGUUAUAAAACGUUACAACGAAGAGCAAAACAAUUUUCAAACCACCAUCCGUACCUUCAAUAAAAUUAAUUUAACAUGUUCACAUUCAUCUGGACCAUUGAUUGAUAAAAAUGAUUUAAAUGGAUCUCAAUAUCAGAAAAUAAACAUAGGAAAUUUUACAAUAAACACAAAAAAUGUUGCUGAUUCUUAUAUAUUAACUCAAAACAAUAAAGUGGUUCAAGUGCUAAAUAUUGUUGAAUCUAAAAAACAUAAUAUAAUUAUAAUUGAAAGGUAUUUGAAACUAAUGCGCCAAUAUUUGAACAACCAAUUAAUUCUUCACAUCUCAAUAUGUAUUGUGUUAAAGACUUAACUAGUGAACUUCAAUAUUGGCCAAUUAAAAAUAUUUUUAAAAAAAUGUUUCUUUUUACACUAAAUGAUCAUAAUAUAGCUAUACCAAUAAUACAUUCAUCAGUUUAAAUAACUUUAUAAAAUUAUAAAGUUUAUGUACAUAUUAAAUACAAUCAAUACAUCUAUAGGAUAAAAUAG